AGUAUGCUGUCAUCCUUCAUCAGCCCUAUGAAGAUUAGAGAUACUGGGACAACAACAUCAAAAGACGAUGGAGACACUUCAAAUAGCAGCAGCGCUGAGGUGAAGGAGAAUCGUCAUAGCACAAACCAAGUAGACUAUUCCACCAUACGACAACCUGCACAUCAUCAAUCAGCUCUUUACACUGACAUCUCCAGAGGUCUCUCCAGGACUACUGCUCUACAGAGGAAGCAGCCAUUGGUGGAAGGAAAAGACAGUCUUCUCUAUGAACUCCAGUUGAUCUGUAAGAGGACGACAAUGAGGACUUCCUGGUCUGUCACAAAGAAGAACGCCCUUGUGCAGUUGAACGAGCUGAGACCAGGUCUACAGUAUGAGAUAGCAUCCUGGACAGGGCCAGUUCACGCCCCUGUGUUCGCUGUAGGAGUAGAGGUGAACGGUCUCAGGUUCGAGGGCCGAGGCCCCACCAAGAAGAAGGCUAAGAUGAGAGCAGCAGAGAUGGCUCUUAGGUCCUUCAUCCAGUUCCCCAACGCCCCUCAGGCUCACAUCACCAUGGGAAACCUCAACUUUAUCAACACCACAGCACCAACAGACUUCACCUCAGACCAGGCCGUUCUCGUCCCUGACACGCUCUUCAAGGAGUUUGAGCCAGAAGCAAAUGAAGACCAAUUCAGCCACAGGACAGGGGGAAAGGGACAGGAGUUGCUCUCCAGCAUUUGUAACCAUGGGAGACUAGUAUGCCUGACCCUUGACCUGAUGUCCUCAGCCAAUCAGAAGAGGCAGAGGAUCGGUUCUUCCAUUGUUGAGGAGCUGAGGCCUGUGGCUCUGCUCAAUGAGUUAAGGCCAGGCCUGAGGUACGUCUGCCUGAUGGAGAGAGUGCGGGGCAGGCCGAUCAGGAGCUUUGUGAUGGCAGUGAGGGUGGAUGGGAGGAUAUUUGAGGGCUGUGGGCGCAGUAAGAGACUGGCUCAAGCCCAGGUAGCAGCCUCAGCCCUACAGGACCUGUUUCACAUCAGUCUGGGGCCUGAGACUAGCAUCAGUCAUACUGCCAUCUGGGCCAAGAGCUCUCAGCUACCUCAGUGCUUUGCAGAGUCAAUCUUCCAUUUGGUGAGAGAGAAACACAGUCAGCUAGCUGACUGUUACUGCCCUACCUCCCAAAGCCGUCACAAAGUACUGGCAGGCAUCGUAAUGACCAGAGGUUUUGACGUUAGACGAGGCCAGGUGGUGUCUCUGGGGACAGGGACCAAGUGUUUCAGUGGAGUGUGUGUCAGUGACCAGGGACGGACGGUUAAUGACUGCCAUGCUGAGGUCAUCACCAGGAGGGCUUUCCUCCGCUUUCUCUACACCCAACUGGAGCUCUUCCUCUGUAACCGGCCAGACAGUUUGGAGCAGUCCAUCUUUGUGCGAGACAAAGAGUCUGGGUACAGACUGAGAGAUGGUAUUCUGUUCCAUAUGUAUGUGAGCUCAUCGCCCUGUGGGGACGCACGCCUCAAUUGCCCCUACGAGGUAACAGCUACACACCACAGCUGGCACAGAUUUGUAAGGAAGUUACGCUGCCAUCUGAGGAUGAAGAUGGAAGGCGGUGAGGGUACACUUCCUGUCAGCGUACGGAGAGCCAAUCAGAAAUGGGACAGGGGGUUGCCGAGGGAACCUCCCGUCACCAUGUCCUGCACAGAUAAAAUGGCCAGGUGGAAUGUUCUAGGUCUCCAGGGCUCUCUCCUGUCUCACCUGGUGGAGCCAGUGUACCUCCACAGCCUCACUGUGGGCAGCCUGUGCCACACAGGUCACCUGGGAAGGACCAUGGCACGACGCAUGGGGCACAUCGGCCCCAUGUCCUCCUCCUAUAGACACAACAGGCUACUCCUCGGCUGCCUCAGCAGCAGUGAGGGUCGGCAGCCAGGGAAGUCCCCCAGGUUCAGUGUGAACUGGAGUGCUGGAGACGGGGAGCUGGAGGUGCUGGAUACCUCUACAGGCAGGAGGAAAGACUCAGGGACACCAUCCAGACUCUGCAAGAGAUCCCUCUUCACUCGUUGGGAGAGACUACACCACCAGGUUAGUCAUGAACAGGGAAGCUAUUCAGUAUGCUUUACCCAGAACCAGUGGAGGCUGCUGAGCAGGCCAGGACAAGUGUUGGGUGACGAGAAGGCCAUAAAGACGUACUGUGGAGCUAAGAUGACAGCGGGGGCCUACCAGAGAGCCAAGCAGAAGUUUGUCCUCUCACUGCAGGAGGCAGGCCUGGGCAUCUGGAACAGGAAACCACCAGAACAGGAGCACUUCCAGAGCAGCGUGUAA